AUGAAUUCCGUCGAUGCCUCCGAGCAUUAUGAGCUCGGCGCCACAGACCUUGCUCCCUCCCUCCUCACAAUAGUAAUCGACACAAACCCCCACGCCUGGGCUCUCCUCGAAAACUCCCUCCCCCUCACCAAAGCAAUCGCCAACAUCCUCGUCUUCAUAAACGCCCACCUAGCCUGCAACUACGCCAACGAAGUAGCCGUAGUAGCCUCCCACACCCAAAAAGCAUCAUGGCUCUACCCCUCCCCGAAAGCCGAUACCGACGGCGACAUCGCAAUGGGUGACACCCCGACCCGACACAACAAAUACCGACCCUUCCGCCUGGUCGAAGAGCAAAUAACGCGCAACCUCCAAGCCCUAAUGGACAGUACAACCCCAUCGCACCUACAAGGUAACACCUCAACUAUGCUCGCCGGUGCCCUGACCCUCGCCCUAAGCCACAUAAAUCGGCGCACGAUCGCCUGGGCCGACGAACACGGCGGCGCAAACCUCAAAGACGCCGCAGCCGAAGGGUCCAGCUCCGGCCCUUCAAACCGGUACUCAGCAUCUAACGAAGAUGAGCGUCUGCAAAGCCGGAUCUUGGUUGUGUCCGUCAGCGGCUCGUCCGACUCAGCCCACCAGUACAUCCCCGUGAUGAACAGCAUAUUCGCUUGCCAGCGGCUACACAUCCCAAUCGACGUGUGCAAGCUCAGUGGCGACGCGGUGUUCCUGCAGCAGGCAUCGGAUGCAACGAAGGGCGUGUACAUGGCGCUUACGGAGCCGCGCGGACUGCUGCAAUAUUUGAUGAUGGCGUUUUUGCCGGAUCAGAGAUCGCGGAGACAUCUUGUGCUGCCGACGCGGGUGGAUGUGGAUUUCCGCGCUGCGUGCUUUUGUCAUCGCAGGGUCGUGGAUGUAGGCUUUGUGUGCUCUAUCUGUCUUAGUAUCUUUUGUGAGCCGCCGCCCGGGAGUGAUUGCAUGACUUGUGGGACGCAUUUGGAUAUUGGGGAUUAUAAUUCUAGGCCGGCUUUGUUGCCCAGGAGGAAAAAGAAAAAGAAGAAGGUUAAUGGGGCGUCUGGGGCUACGACGCCCCUGUCUAUGUCGACGCCUACGCCUACGCCUGGUUCUUGA